AUGGAUAAGAGUUGGAUGAAGCAAUCUAGAUUGAGUGAUUCAUAUCAACAAGGAGUUAAUUUAUUUCUUGAUUUCGCAUUUAAAAAUGGAAGCCAUGAAAGAAAAAUUGUAUGUCCUUGUGUUAAGUGUUGCCUUAUUAGUCCUGUCACUCGAUCAAUUGCAUUUGAUCAUCUGAUAUGCAAUGGAUUUAUGGAGGGAUACACUAAAUGGAUAUUACACGGUGAAACUUCUUCACAUGCUCCACAGAACAUUGAGAGUACUGUUAGUGAUACUCCUACUAUUGAUAUGCAAGGAGUUAUACAUGAUGUUUUUGGAGAAAAUAGUAGAGAUGAUGAAUGUGAAAUUGAAAAUGAUGAUAAUCGUCAAGGUGAGGAAGAUGAACCAAAUACGAAGGCAAAAGAAUUUUAUGAUUUGAUAAAAGAUGUAGAGACAGAACUUUACCUGUGUUGUACAAGUUUUACAAAGCUCUCAUUCGUCAUUGAAUUAUUUCAUAUUAAGUGUAUGUGUGGAUGGAGUGAUAAUUCAUUUGGCAAGGUACUUGAAUUAUUUAAAAGAGCACCACCAAAAGGUGAAACCUUACCCGAUUCUUUUUAUGAGACAAAAAAGUUAAUCAACGCACUUGGACUUAAUUAUGAAAAAAUUGAUGCAUGUAAAAAUGAUUUCAUGUUGUAUAGAAAGGAUCAUGUAAAUGACACAGAAUGUCAAGUAUGCUCUACACCAAGGAGUGAAGCAAAAGUCUUGCGCCACUUUCCAUUAAUACCAAGAUUACAAAGAUUAUUUAUGUCAUCAAAAACAUCUGAUUUUAUGACUUGGCAUCAUCAAAAAGAUUAUGUGAAUGAUGGUUGUAUGAGAAAUCCAAGAGAUUCUCCAAAGAUGGAUGACUUUUGA